AUGGAGAGGAUUCAGCGCCGUCUGGCGCAAACGUCUUCCCCUUCGCACUCGCGAUUUUUGUGGGGGCCUCUGCAGCUGUUGUCUGUACACUCCGACCUCGAUGUAUUUCUUCUUCUCCUUCCAGUUCUCUCCCUUGCAGUUUGUCUCCUCUCCAUUCUGCUGCAUGCACAGGCCUCACAUGCGCGCCGCUUCCUUCUUGAACUUCUAAACAGGAAAGGAAGUGAUGUCGGCGCCGUCGCAUCCUCCUGCGUAGAGCGGAACGAAGAGAAGCCAGACGAGGAAGCAAAGAAGAGAGGAAAAGAGACACACAGCGCACAGAAACAGGGAGACGAAGCUCAUGGGGAGAACAAGGAAGAAAGCCCCACAGAAAAGAAGAGAAACAACCGACUGAAGGUCGCUCUCGUUGUUGCUCACCCAGAUGAUGAGGUCAUGUUUUUUACUCCAACUCUCGCGCUGCUGAGAGACUUUUCUGAGCAUGUCCAAGUCCACCUUUUGUGUCUCUCAACAGGAAAUGCAGCCGGACUCGGACGCGUCCGGUCGCGGGAGUUUCUGAACGCUGCCAGGCUCUUCGGCGUCGAGAACGGAAACGCUCUCGUCCUAGACGACGAAGCUCUGCAGGACGGGUGGGGUCUCUGGUCGCCAGAGCGCGUUGCAGACGUCGUCGAAGAAUUCAUAGAAAAGAACGAAAUCUCUACAAUCUUCACUUUCGAUGAACGCGGAGUGUCGAGACACCCGAACCACAUCAGCGUUUUCAGGGGCGUCAGGCUUCUGCACGAGAGACAAAGAGCGAGAGGAAACGCAAGGCCUGGCGGCUCCGAGCGCCAGAGGGCCGAAGGGAAGGACGAGCGCGGCGGGGUGACGAAACGCGGGAGACACAGCCGAGAACGUGGAGAAACGCGGAUGAGUCAAACGGAUGUGUAUCUGCUGCAGUCACACGGCCUUUUCAGGAAGUACAUGGGCGUCCUUGACGUCAUCUUGUCAACGGUAGCGUGUCGGAAGAAACCGAACAGAAUUGCUUCGGUGAAACUCACUCCGUUUCUGUCGAUCAGGGGAAUGAGUGCACACUGGUCUCAGUUCGUCUGGUUCCGCUGGAUGUUUGUAUUCUUCUCCAGCUACACGUACACCAAUGUCUUCGAUAGGAUUACUGUUUAA